CAGACUUGGAAGAGACUCCACCGACCGGACAGGAAGGAAUCAGCCACCCGAUAGCACCAGCACGCUUGCGAGACAGACCAUUCGUUGACCAAGGGAAUAGCGGAAACAUGAGCGCAGAAGCAGAAGAAACAAAGACGGCGGAGGAGACGCCGAAAACCGAGGAAGCCCCCGCGGCGGAGGAGGAAUCCAAGAAAGAGGAAUCCAAGAAAGAGGAAGCAAAGAAGAAGAAGGAAGACAGCGAAGAACUCACGAAACGCCUCCAGAAGCUCGCGCUCGAGCGGCAAAAGCAGGCCUCGGGCGAACGACUCAAGGUCAUUCAGAACGACUCUACGUCGCACCUGACGGGUGCCAAAACCUUCCAGGAACUCAAUCUUCCGAAGCACCUCCUGGACGCAAUCUUUGCCAUGGGAUUCGAUCGGCCGUCCGCCAUCCAGGAGGAAGCCCUGCCCCGAAUCUUGUCGGAUCCGCCGAGAAACCUCAUCGGCCAGGCCCAGUCGGGAAGCGGAAAAACCGCGGCCUUUACCCUGGGAAUGCUCUACCGGCUCGAGAUCAACGAACCGGCCACGACCCAGGCCCUCUGCGUCACGCCCACCCGGGAACUCGCCAUCCAGAUCUUUGAAAAGGCGGUGCGGCCCAUGGCUGCCAACAUGGCGGGACUCAAGAUCCAGCUCGCCAUUGCUGGCACCACGAUCGACAAGUCGGUCGGUGUCAAUGCCCACAUGGUCAUUGGAACGCCCGGAAAGGUCGUGGACUGGUUGAAGCGCAGAAUCAUCAACAGCAAAACCAUCAAGGUCUUUGUGCUCGACGAGGCCGACAACAUGGUCGGCGAGGACGGACACAGAGCAAAUUCCCUGUUGAUCAAAAAGACCCUGACGCGAUCCUGUCAGUGCCUCUUGUUUUCGGCCACCUUUCCGACCGAGGUUGUCAAGUUUGCAGAAAAACUCAUCCACAACGCCGAUAAGAUUUUGAUCGAGUCCGACGAAGCAUUGGUAGGUACUCUAUUGAUUUUUUUGUAUUGUAUUGGAUUCGACUCGAUUCGAUUCGAUUCGUUUGCUGCAUUCUGUUGUGUUGUAUGCUGUCGGAAUCAAAACAGAAAGACUAACCAACGACGGUGCGUUGUCCUAUCGAUUAUGCGAUUGCUACAUCACGAUCCUUGGGCUACGGUGUAGGUUUUGGACGUUAUCAAACAACUCUGGGUUGAUACGAGACAAUACGAGGGCGGCAAGCUGGAAUUUCUUUCUGAUAUUUAUUCCCUCUUGACCAUUGGUCAAAGUGUUGUAUUUGUCUCAACGAAGAAAAAUGCGGACAUGGUACACAGAACUUUGACCGACGGUGGUUACACCUGUUCGGUCCUCCAUGGAGGAAUCGAAGCGGACGAUCGUGAUUCCACAAUGCUUUCCUUCCGCAACGGAGAAUCGAACGUGCUUAUUACCACCAAUGUAUUGGCGCGUGGUGUCGACGUCGACAACGUAUGUCUGGUCAUCAACUACGACGUCCCCGUUACCAAGGACGGAGAUCCCGACUUUGAAACCUACCUCCACCGAAUCGGCCGCACGGGACGGUUUGGAAAGAAGGGAAGCGCCAUCAACCUAAUAGACGACACCCGAUCCGUCGAGGUCUUGGCCGCAAUCGAGUCUCACUUUGCGAUCCAGGGCAAGGAAAUGAUCCAGCAAGCCGAACCGGAUCCAGAAAGUCUUGCCGAUGUCAUUGAGAUCUAGGCACUUGAGAAAAAAACCACCGACGAUUGAUCGAAACAUCGUGCACGUGAAGUGUUGCCCGUGGUACAUAAAAUUCGCAAUAAUUUAGUAGAAGAUAUUAGUUUCGUCAGUAAAGAUGCACCGUACAGCUCUGCCAAGAGGAAAUCAACGUUAGUGACCACA